GGACACCCUUCCUCACCCUCUCCUCCCGCCAUUAAUGACCUCAUCCCACACGUAAAUGGUAAAGGUUCCCAGGGGCAUUCAAGUCAUUUUACAUUACCGACCCAGACGAAGGCGGGGAGACGGCAAAGGCAGAGUGCAGUGCAGUGCAGUAGUUGGUUGGUUUGUGGGGGCGUGUGACAAGGUAGAGAAAUCGAUAAAGCGAUUCCGACCCUGCCCCUUCUUUCCCCAAAAUUUUUACUUUCAAGAUUGGGAUAAUAUAUGAUGCAUCAACAACAACUCGGAACUGAAGGAAGUUCUCGAGGAAAUUCAAUGAUAAAAAGGAGUAACUAAAUUCGGGCCUCAGGUUUGCUUUUGGCUUUUUACGCGGUGGACGAUAAGGGGGAUUCGGAGUUUUUUUCCCUUUUUUUUGAAGGAUUUGGUUGAAUUUGUUCGUCGCCUGGUUUGGCGGUGGCGGUGUUUGAUUUGUUUUUUUUUUUUUUUUUUUUUUGUUUUGUAGAUAUGGUGGUUGUUUUGGGAUUUGGUUUUUUGGCCCUCAUAUGAAGGCGGUGCUUGGUUAGGGUUUGGUGGUCUUAUUUCAUUUUUUUUUUGGUAUUGUUUUGGUUUUGGGAGAUGAGGAAGGGAAGAGCGGUUGGGCGGCCGGCGGCGGUUGUGGAGGCGGAGGGACAUGGAUCUGGAGUAUCUAAGGAAAUCAGAUUCAGAGGGGUGCGGAAGCGGCCGUGGGGGAGGUACGCGGCGGAGAUCAGAGAUCCAUGGAAGAAGACGCGUGUUUGGCUCGGAACCUUCGAUUCGGCGGAGGACGCCGCCCGCGCCUACGACGCCGCCGCGCGGACGCUCCGCGGUCCGAAGGCGAAGACGAACUUUCCCUUACCUCCGGCGGGCGGCGUCGGCGGCGGUGGUGUUUUCCCUAAUUUCGGUCCGCACGCUUUGAAUCAACCUCAAAUCAACCCGAACCCUAACGAUCCGUCAAUCGAUUCGAGAUAUUAUACUCAGGAUCGGAACAUAAUCGCGCAGCAGAGGCCGACCUCGAGCGGUAUGAGUAGCACGGUGGAGUCGUUCAGCGGACCGCGGCAGCGACCGCCGGCGGCGCCGAUUAUCCACCCCCAACGGAAGCAUCCACGGUCGCCUCCAGUGGCUCCGGAUGAUUGCCACAGCGACUGCGAUUCCUCCUCCUCGGUGAUAGACGAUACCGAUUGUAACAUCGCUUCAUCCUCCUGUAAAAAGCUUCUCCCCUUCGAUCUUAACAUGCUCCCACCGGAAGGUCCAUUUCCUGACACGGACGACCUCGCCUGCACGGCUCUACGGCUCUGAGCUUCACUGUGAAUGCUACUGGAAUCAAUGGAACACAACUGCAGCAAGGUAAUGUAAUCUUCUCUUCUACCAUAUGUUUCUAGUUGCAUUCAUAAUUCGAGAAUAAAAUAUGUUUUUUGAGUCAUGAAGGCUGUCUGUGUGUGUGUGUAUGGAUGGACUCUCUCGUUCUUGUUUCUGGCAAUUAUUUAUUUUUUCCUUUUUGACCGGGGCACUGCCACUUUGGGGAGGUCAUGGCCCGUCUCCCAUGGCUGCCAUGCCAUGAUACGCAUGCAUGCCUUUUGGAUUCUUUGUCCAUAGUGUAAAGCCUUCUCUGCUAAAUUCUGAAGCUGUCUCUCUCAAAUCUGCCUACCCACUUUUCGGCGCUUCCUUCCUAUCAAUCUUCACGCUGGCUGCAAUGCAUUUGGAAAUUAGGGUUUCCUCUCAAUCUGGGCCGAACGGCCCUUUAUUAUUUUAUUUUUUACUAGGUUAGGGUUAUUCACUUAUUCUGGUGCUCCUUGCUUGUUACAACACUAAUUUUCAUGGGGGUUGAUCAAAUUAACACUUUAAUCAAAUAUCCUUUUAACAAAAUUGAUGGAGAUGAAUAUAUUUGAUUUAUGUUUUGAAUGAAAGUUUGAUUUAUUUUGAUAAUGUAAUAAAUGAAAAAAAAAAUAUAAAUAUUUGAUUUCAUCACUUUGGGGAAAAAAAAGAG